GCCCCGCUGCACUCGGUGGGCUACACCGCACUGGUGGGCAGUGACGCUGAGUCCUGGGGUUGGGACCUGGGCCGCAGCCGCCUCUACCACGACGGCAAGAACCGGCCCGGUGUGGUCUACCCGGCCUUCCUGGGGCCGGAUGAGGCCUUUGCGCUGCCCGACUCGCUGCUGGUCGUGCUGGACAUGGAUGAGGGCACGCUCAGCUUCAUCGUGGACGGCCAGUACCUGGGCGUGGCCUUCCGUGGCCUCAAGGGCAAGAAGCUGUACCCGGUGGUGAGUGCCGUCUGGGGCCACUGCGAAGUCACCAUGCGCUACAUCAAUGGCCUGGAUCCUGAGCCCCUGCCGCUCAUGGACCUGUGCCGAAGAUCCAUUCGAGCAGCCCUGGGCCGCCAGCGCCUGCGGGACAUCAGCUCCCUGCCCCUGCCUCAGUCUCUCAAAAACUAUCUGCAGUACCAGUGAGCUGGACGCUGAAGGACAGUAGACACCCCAAGGCCCGGGGCUGUCUGUCACGCAAGGUCACACAGCCCGCGAGAGAAGGGGUCUCCCCUGGCUCCCAGGACCAACUAGGGAAAGGCAGCCCUCCCAAGCCGGACAACCCCUUGGAAGCCAUGGGGGGUCUGGAGCCUUCCAGUGACCACCAGGCCUACAGCUGUGUAUUGACCAGAGAAGCUGCUUCCUACUCAAGAGAAUGAAUAAAACAUUGGGACAGGAGACUUGCUGUGGUGUGGCCCAUCGCAGACAGGGCCAGGGAGACUUGGCCUGCUCGGGGAGAAAAUUGCCUCUGAAUAAUGGAUGAUGAAAGCAACUCGUUGCCCAUCUCCUACCCCUAGCAAGGGCAGCAGGAUUAUGAUGCCAUCUUAGGACUUUGUGCCACUUUGAGAAACUAUUCCCCAAGGAUGCCCAACAGCAGAAUUGGCGAGUGGAGAAAGCAGCAUUUAGACACCUCCGGCUUACAUCUCUGAACGUUGCUUCCUUAGCACUCCUUCCUGGACCCUGAUAGAGCUCUCCCCAACCCAGGCCCCUCCACUCAGGGAGAGGGGUCUAACUGAUUCACCCCAGGGACAGAGUUUAUCCUUAAUUAUUUUUUUUAAAGUAGCAUUUGCAUUUCAAAAGCGAAGUGUGGAGAGGACAGUCCUCAGUCCAAAGGUGCUAAUGGGAGUCCUCGGGGGCAUUGUGACACCAGGCUGAAGAUGCCCUAGGCUGGGGAGCCCUCCUGGUGUGUGGGACCAAUGGGCAGCCGUUGUUUCAGGGUGCAGCCUGGCUGUCACAAGCUGUCUUUGAGGGAAUUAUUUUUUCACUUUAGGAGAUUUCCAUGUGUUCGUUUCCUGUUGAAAUGUGUGUGUGCACGCGUGUGUGCGUGUGCGCAUGUGUGUGUGUGUGUGUGUGUGUGUGUGAUGUGCUAUUUAUCACCUUGGGGCCCAUGGGGUGGCCUUGUAACUGGAAGGGUGGAUGUGGGAGACACCUUCUCCACCCACCCCAAGCCUGGUCCUCUCACCAAACUAUGCUGCUUCUACUGCUGCUGCCACCACCACCAUUUGGCAUUUGUUGUGCGUUUUGGACGUGCUCCACCCAGACUCCCUUGUAACUGGAAAUUGUCACAGCAGUGGGAUGGAUACCAGAGCCCCAGAUGGCACUGCCUCUCCCCCCACUUUAAUGUGAAUUUGACAGAUGAAUGAGGAGUGUUUCUAAUAA